AUGGCACGACUUCGCUUCAUCUUUAACAUUGUGAAAGUUUUGCGAUUUCCCUUGCAUUUCUUUGGACUUCUUCAACUGAGAUUUAGUGAAUCUCGAAAACUAUAUCAACAAAGAGCCAACCUUUGCAGAUUUUUAUCUGCAAUUUUUAUUUCGCUGAUUUUAAUAAUGCAUAAAAUUGUGAGUGGUCAGUGGGAAAAACAGAACCAGUUGUUUAAUGCCCUGAAUAUUGAAAAAAGACCAUUGAGAAGUAAUGCCGAAUUAUGGAGCGAGAAGCUAACCAGUCUCUUUAUUUUCCUGACUUUAAUCUGGUGUUUGGGAAAAAAAUAUCUACUGUGGAAAGUGAUAAAUGAGGUACAAUUGGCAUAUAAACAUCUUAAAUCUUUCAUGGGAAAAUAUUUAAUUGUGGAAUGUUCUUGGCUCGUUUUCAUUUACGCAAUACUUUUGCUGCUGUUACUAACAAUUUUUGGAGUGCAAAUUGUUAUUUUAAAUUGGUCAAAAAUUUAUACUGGACGAAGAACAUUAACCAUUACCGAACUGUACGAGGUGUCUAAUUACAUAAUGGGAAUACCCCGAAUAUUUUUUGUGCUGCUUAUGGCACUGCAUAUUCUAUAUCAUCUGAUGAAUGCAGGUUGGCUUCAGUCUCUGAACGAGUUAAAUUUGCAAAGGAAUCUUAAAUUAUAUCAGUUCCAGAUCUAUAACAUAUUUUCCAUACAAAAAACUUUAAAUAUCUUGGCUGGUCAUUAUUUUAGAAUGUCGUAUAUAUGUUACUUAUUUAUAAUGGCUUUUCGGACAGAUGAAGUUUUGCACUUCCUUCGUUUUGAUUCCAAUGAGUUUGUGCAACAGCAAAAGACCCAAGAAGAUCUUGAAGAGGAAGCUACUUGGGCUGGCCAGGAAAACCUGACAAACCUCAAGGAGCCGCUGAGGAAAUCUUUACUUUUAUUAUCCUGGCAUUUGGUUUUGUGGAUUUUGCUACUUGCUCCUGCAUAUUUACAGCAGGAGGAAUACUUUAAACUUAUGGAAAAAAGCUGGAUUUUCAAAUCGGAUGAAAACGGUUGCGAAAUUAAAGAAUUUCUUAAUAAAAAUAAAUGGAAUGGUCAUUCGUUCAAGCAAUUGGAUAUUCUGGACAUUAUGUUUCUUUCAGGAAUUUCUAUUUGCGAACGUCAACACAAUUCCAUUUGUUUUAUGACUGACAUAUAUCGAAAAAAGAAAUCAAGCUAUCAUAAUUUAAAUAUUAUAGCAGGGCACUUUAAACUUCUUUUAUUUAUAUUGAUUUUCUUCGCUGUUGUCUACUUUUUACAGCAAACGGAACUCAGACAACUGCAGGAAUACCUCAAACUGGAUUCAUAA